AUGACUGGUGUGGAAUGACCCUAUCUUCAAAGACGUGGAAAUAACCUAUAUCCCCAUCUUCCUCAGUGGCCUGAUGAAAGCUUGUGGGAAUACAGCACCAAUCAAUAUCAAAAGUACGUAUUAAUAUUCCACCCUUUCCCCUUCCCAAACCACCCCAUUCAACCUCCCUUCUACACCCUCCUCUUUCUCAGACCCCACAAAAACAUAAACAAAAACACACCAUCUAAGAUAAUGAACAGACAAAGACAAAUGGAUCAACCAAACUCGAAACCGCUGGUCGGAACUCUUCAGCAUCCCCAUGCUCCACGACUCACCCGCCGGGUUUCCACCUAACACUCUUAUGAUCAUGAGGGCGCUGGCUGCGCUUACCGUGUUGAAACCCGGGAAGGAGGGACAGGAGUUACUUGUGAGGGUUCUGGAUGUGCUUUUUUCGGCUUAUUGGGUGGAGGGAAAGGCGACGGCUGAGAAGGAGGUGUUUAGUGCUAUUUUGGGAGGGGUUUUGGGGGAGGAGAUUUGGGGUUUGGGUUUGUACUUUUCGAGGAAAAUGAGGAGAGAAGGGCUUGGUAUCUAGGUACUUUAACUUUUUGGGGGUAUGCUGACCUGUGUGUAGUGUUGAAUAUGCUACCUAAAGAAGGGAAAGAAACCCUGUUGAGGAAUGCUGAUGCGGCGUUUAAGGAUGGGGCGUUUGGAUUGCCUUGGUUUGUGGUUGUUAAUGAGAAGGGCGAGAGGGAUACGUUCUGGGGGGUGGAUCAUCUUGGGUUGGUGGUGAGGCAUUUGGGGUUGGAGAGGCCAGGGAGUGGAGGGUGGAAGGCUUUUGUUGUGAGGUUUUUGGGGGAGGGAGUUUGA